AUGACUGAAACAAAAAGACCAAUUCCUAGAGAUGAAGUUGCUGCUCUUUGUGGAGAAAAAGAUGGAAGUACUGAGGGAUUUUAUUUUCAACAAACUAUGUAUCGUAUUAAAGAUCCAAGAAAAUCCCUACCUUUUUAUACAAAAGUUUUAGGAAUGACAUUAUUAAAACAAUUUGACUUUCCUGAAGGAGAAUUUUCAUUAUUUUUCCUUGGAUACAAACCAAAAGAAGAGAUUCCAGAAUGUGAAGAAAAAAGAGCUCGUUAUGCUUUAAGUACUCAUUCUACUAUUGAAUUAACACAUAACUGGGGAACAGAGAAUGAUGACAACUUUCAAUAUCAUAAUGGUAACAAAGAACCACGUGGAUAUGGACAUAUUGGAAUCGUAGUUCCAGAUGUCUAUAAAGCUUGUGAAAGAUUUGAAAAAGAAGGAGUAAAAUUUGUCAAAAAACCAGAUGAGGGUAAGAUGAAAGGUUUGGCUUUCAUUCAAGAUCCUGAUGGAUAUUGGAUUGAAAUAUUCCAUCCAAGUAAUGUUGUUGAAGAUAAAAAAAAUUAA